AUGGAUCAAGGUGUGAAGUUAUUGACAGGAGAAGGGGAGCCGUUUGAAGAUCCGGAGAGGUACAGGAGGUUAGUGGGAAAACUGAAUUAUCUCACAAUUACCCGUCCAGAUAUUGCAUUUCCAGUGAGUGUGGUCAGUCAAUUCAUGAGUGCACCGAUCCAGACUCACUGGGAAGCGGCGAUUCGGAUUGUGAAAUAUUUGAAAGGUGUUCCUGGAAAAUGGAUUCUUUAUGCUGACCAUGGGUAUAUGCGUGUUGAGGCGUUCUCCGAUGCAGACUGGGUUGGUUCACCAGGCGACAGGAAGUCUAUGACAGGUUAUUGUGUGUUUGUAGGAGGCAACUUAGUCUCGUGGAAGAGUAAGAAGCAGAAUGUGGUGUCGCGCUCAAGUGCAGAAUCGGAAUACCGGGCUAUGGCUCAUGUGGCAAGCGAAAUAGUCUGGGUGCGUAACAUUCUAAAAGAAGUGGGUGUUGAAGUGAAGUUACCGAUAGAUUUGUGGUGUGAUAACUGUGCUGCCAUACACAUCGCAAAUAAUCCAGUCUUUCACGAGCGGACGAAGCAUAUUGAAGUUGACUGCCAUUUUAUACGGGAAAAAAUGGAGCAAGGACUAAUAUCACUUACACACGUUCGGAGCGGUGAUCAACUGGCUGACAUAUUCACGAAAGGAUUGUGUAAGAAUCGGGUUUGA